UAUAUAUAUAUAUAUAUUACUUUGCCAGUAGCAGUUCAAUAUAUUAUUACUAUUAAACUGUAUGCAGAAACUGUAAAGACUAAAAUUUAUUGAUUGUUGUGUUUGCAGUGUUUCUUUGAAGAGGUUGAGUGAUCUUUUUCGAUACAGAUCCAUUGAUGAAUCAAAUCAAUAUAAUAAAUACAAGACUCCCUAAAAUAGGGAAAGUAGGUUAUAAUAAAAGUAAACAUUGCCAUUACACUGCAUCAUGCUAAGAGUCUAUUUAAAGAAAUAUAAAGUCAUGAUACUGUCUAGCAUUUUAUUUUUUUAUCUGGGUUGUGGUAUUACACUGAAUUUAAUACGAAUGGAUUGUGCAUCAGCCGCCUUAGAAAAAGUAAAUGCUAUAAAAAUUUCUCAGAAAUUUGAUAACAUAGAGUACCCAAUAUUAAUAAUCAGUAGUCCAGAAAAUGAAGGUAAAAGAGACGCUAUUAGAGCAACAUGGGCAAAUUUUGCACAUAAUAUUUUUGUGGAAAAUGGAGUUAAAUUAUACAAGUGGAAUCACUCGUGGAUUUUAAGUCAACCUCAACAUAAUUUUAUUAAAUUGUUUUUUGCAAUUGGCACUCGAAACAUGAAUAUAGUAAAGUUGGAGAAACUAAAACUGGAAAAUAGCAGAACCAAUGACCUGUUGCUUUUAGACAGUUUUGAAGAUAGUUAUAAAAAUUUGGCUGUUAAAAUUUUAUAUUCUCUUCAAUGGUUGCAUAGUAAUUUAAGCGAAAUGAAGUAUCUAAUAAAGGGUGACGAUGAUUCAUUUCUCAGAAUAGAUCUUAUUAUAAAAGAUUUAGAGGCAUUUGCACCAAAUAUGAAUGAACCUGAAAUCCAAAAAUAUGUUACUAAAAAAAAAGAACUUUUUAAAUACAAAGGAUUGUAUUGGGGUUACUUUGAUGGGCGGGCUAGGGUAUACCUGAAUGGAAAAUGGGAAGAAAGAGACUGGUUUCUAUGUGACACAUAUUUGCCAUAUGCUCUAGGAGGAGGUUAUGUUAUAUCUAAAAGCAUUGUGCAGUAUGUUGCAAAUAAUGCUGAGUUGCUAAGUCAUUACAACUCUGAAGAUGUCUCAAUGGGUGUUUGGACAGCCGCACUCGAUGGCAUCAAUAGAGUUCAUGACAUAAGAUUUGAUACACAGUGGAAAUCUCGAGGUUGUGAGAAUACCAUGCUUGUACGACACAAGCAGACACCCAGUGACAUGUUUCAGAUGUACAGGACGUUAGUCCAUUCCCAUGGGGAAAAAUUGUGCAAGACUGAAAAUUCUUUGCGAAAAUAUUACUUCUACGACUGGAAUGUCCUUCCCACCAUGUGCUGUAAAUAGUAACUCAAGUAACUCAGUUGUAAGCUGUAUUUUUCUAGUCAUUUUACUUUAUCUCUUUGUAUGGAUUGUUCAUUCAAUUUUUUAAGUAUAAUAAAAUACUUGUAUAA